GCUUCGUCUUCAGGCUGGUUAGAGAUCAUCUGCUAAGAUGCUCCGCAACAUCUUUCUUGUCAGCUUGCUCGUAUAUGCAGUCUGUGCAGUUCAUUGGGAGAUUCGUGAGGUGGACUCUGCUGAGGACCAAGAUGAAGAGAUCUUUGCUGAUGAUGAAAUGAUGAAACAGUCAUCUGUUGAGUGCUCAUUAUGCAAAUCCAUUAUGAAGAGGGUAAAAAAGACAAUCUCGUCUAACGCAACGCCGGAUGAAAUCAAAACCAAGCUGAACAACACCUGUGAGAAAAUCAGGUUGCUGAGAGUUCAGUGCAAGCACUUUGUUCAGAAGUAUCUGCACGAUCUGAUUGAUGAGCUGAUGACCGAUGAUGGGCCAAAAACCAUCUGUACUAAAAUUCAUAUCUGCAAGCCAGAAUCACCCAUAAAGGAGAUUAUUUUUGUACGUGAUCAAGCUAAUGACAAUUUCUGA